UGUCCACACUAGCCCAGAGACCGCUAUCUGUCUAUAUCCAAAUACUGAUGAUUCCAAAUAUUUGUCAGACAUUCAAAGGACUACAUGUUAUGUGAAGCAGACUGGAAGUAGAGAUCAACCCAAAAAAACAAAAAGAAGGGUUAAGCCCAUCAUCUCUUUCUGCAUUGAGGAUUCAAACGCGUUUUGGCCCUAGGGCCACACAUAGGCUUCUGGAUGAAUGAGUGGGUAGGCCCUGAUGUCAAUGUUGUGGAACCUCUGCAGAUGCCAAAUGAUGGCUUCUCCCUCCCAGAGGGAUCGCACUUCUUUGAUAUUCUGGCAGAGCAAAGCAGCCCUCUGCUUCAGGACCAGGAGGUCUUGCCUUUCGGCAGCUAUCCAGGCAUGCAGUACUCCACAAUGGAGCAACCCAUGUCCUCGCCAUCAUUCUACUCCAAUCAGCACUACUAUCCCCAGUACAGUACAGAGGAGUGGUGCUCACCGUCCCCCAUGCUGGAAUUGAGGAAAGGCCCAGUGGAGGGGAGCUUUGACACAGAGAUCGAGGAGCAAACCCCUAUUGUUCCCAAUUUGUAUAAAAGACCCAGACAUGCUGUCCAUUCAGGAAGGCUCAAAGGAGAGGAACUGUGUGUAGUGUGUGGGGACAAAGCCUCAGGAUACCACUAUAAUGCUCUCACGUGUGAAGGAUGUAAAGGGUUUUUCAGAAGAAGUAUAACGAAGAAUGCAGUAUAUAAGUGUAAAAGUGGAGGAAACUGUGAGAUGGACAUGUACAUGCGCAGAAAAUGCCAAGAGUGCAGACUCCGUAAAUGCAAGGAGAUGGGAAUGCUUGCAGAAUGUUUGCUAACAGAGAUCCAGUGUAAGUCCAAGCGACUCAGGAAAAACCCCAAGGCCUCAUCAGAAGACUGUGCAGGAGAUGAUACAGAUUUGGGGGACGGUGGAGAUGCUAAGCAGGUCACAUCCACAACAAAAACCUUAAAAGAAAAAGUGGAACUAAAUCAAGACCAGCAGGCUUUACUAAGUUAUAUUCUUGAUGCCUACAACAAACAUCGUAUUCCUCCUGAUAUGGCCAAGAAACUGCUCCAAGAACAGUUUAGCACAGAGGAGAACUUCCUUCUAUUGACCGAGAUGGCAACCAGCCAUGUUCAGGUCCUGGUCGAGUUUACAAAAAACAUCCCAGGUUUCCAGUCUCUGGACCAUGAGGAUCAGAUCGCUUUACUAAAAGGGUCAGCAGUUGAGGCCAUGUUCCUGCGUUCAGCCCAGGCCUUCACCAGAAAGAUGCCUCAUGGACACACAGAGGUGCUGGAAGAGCGAAUAAGAAAAAGUGGAAUAUCGGAGGAGUUUAUUGUCCCCAUGUUCAACUUUUAUAAAAGUAUUGGGGAGCUGCAGAUGAUGCAAGAGGAACAUGCUCUUCUCACAGCCAUUACUAUUCUCUCCCCAGAUCGGCCAUAUAUCAGGGACCAGCAGGCUGUGGAGCUGCUCCAGGAAGCCAUGCUGGAGGUGCUGAGGAAGGUCUGCAAGCUGAAGCACCCACAGGAGCCACAGCAUUUCGCCCGGCUGCUGGGCCGACUGACCGAGCUGCGCACUCUGCACCACCACCAUGCUGAAAUGCUGGAGUCAUGGCGCAUGAGUGACCACAAGUUUAAUCCACUGCUUUGUGAAAUCUGGGAUGUACAGUGACUCUGCAAAGAGAGAGGGAAGGAAGCAAAGACAUUCUAAAAAACUUUAUGCUGCAUAGGGAUUUAUUUCCUGGGAGAAACCGGGUGUGUUCCUCUGUAGUACAAAUAUUGAAUGUAUUAAAUAUUGUAUGGUCAUCUGACACUUACAAUAAAAUUAUGCAUGCUGUAAUUGAAAAAUAAAUAUGAUUGUUCAUA